AUGGAUACGCUCUCCAAAUUAGCUUUUGCAACAGUGCCGCCGGGCCAGUCUCCGAGCGAUGAUCAGGUACAGCGGCUCUUCGGGGCCGGGGACUCUGGAGCACCUUCGACGCUCGCCACAGCCGAGAGGGAAGAGCGCAUCACCGAGCAGCGUGCAAGGAUCACGGGCCUUUUGCAUCGCGGAGUAGAAGAGCCUAGCCAUGCCUCUUAUGACUUGGUGUACGCCAUGCAGUCCUCGGAUUCCUUGACUUAUCUAGGGCCAGACAGGUUCCCGACCAGACAGUCUGAACUUCAGGGCAAGAAGCCCGGGAAGGAGCUUACCAUCGACGGGAACAGUGUGACGGUGAAGGACAAGGUGCCUCAUCAAACUUGCACAACGGGGACCGAACUCGAGCUUACGCAGGCUCUGAGGCGGCGAGCAUUAGCAUUUGAUCUAGUCAAGUGCGCCAGUUAUGACACCAUGAAUCGGUAUCACUCGUCCUUGAUUCAUCGGCUGCAGGAGUUGCCACCUCCUACUUAUGUGAAGAUUUCAGUGGCACAGGUGCUCAGGGCAGACAGGGCAGCUUUCACCCGCGUCGCUGAGAGUCUGCCCUCAAUCAAGCGCCAGCCCGAUGGGACUUUACCCUUGGACCGAGCCCUUGAGAACAUUCUUCAGGAUCCCAGCAUCAGUUUCCACUUGUUGCAUUUGAAGAGUGGAGAAAGCGAUGAUAACAAGCGGAAGUGGACAGAUGAUGCCAAAAAGACUGAUGAGCCGACCAAGUGGAAGAAGAAUGGCAAGGGCAGAGGCAAGGGCAAAGGCAAGGAUCAGCCGGGAGUUAAAGGGGCCGAUUUCAUCUAG